AUGAACCAGAAUAUUGUUUCAGAAACUCCCACUCAAAAAGAGAAAUUUAUAUGGCCAAGAUCAGCCGUUUUACUCCUACUUGAUGAAAUUGAGAGACGAAAGAAAGAGAUGAAAUUGCCUCAUAAAAAAAGGUAUUUGUUUGGUAACAUUUCCAAAUGUCUCUUGAAAAAGGGGUAUAGAGUUUCAUGGGAAUGUUGCGAUAGAAAAUGGAAGGGUUUACAAGCUACCUACAAGAAAAUUACCGAAAAAGAAAGCCACACCGGAUCUGCCAACAGAAGCUCCACUUGGGAGUUUUAUUCCCGAUUGGAAGAAAUUUUAGCAGAUGAUCCAGCACACAAGCCUUUAGCCACUGCAGCAGCAGGAAUAGUUAAUGAAAAUGUAACUCUGCCGAAGGCUCUUGGUGCAAGUUCAUCUAAUCUAGGAAGGUCUAGGCCUAAUAAGAGAACAGCAGUAUCUGCUGGUUUCAGUGAAAUCAAUAGUAAUAUUGUUAGCCUUAAGAAUUCUAUUGACCAAAUGAUCACCGUUCAGAAAGAAAGAAAUGUAAUUUUAGAUAGGCUUACUACAGCAAUUGAAACGUUCACUAAAUCUCAAAACUAA